CUCACUUCGCAAAACGAACGACACGUGCGCUAAUACGGUUAGCGUGUAUUCAGGGGAUAGAUCGCAGAUACGGGCAUGGCACCAGCAAGAAAGCGAAAGAAGCUGGCUCAGCCUGCCCCUGCUGCCAUCAGCGACGUCCAAAACGGCGGCAGCGCCGGCUCGGAUGACAGCGCGGAAGCCGAAGACAUCGUGAGUGAUGAGGAGGAGGCGCAGGCGCAGUUCCCGGCCGAUAAGCUGCGCCAGAUGUUCGCCUUUAUGCUGUCGGAUGCGGAGGACCGUCGGCCGUUCAUCGCGCGCUUCUCAGAGCACAUCGAACACGACGACGUGCAGCGGGGAGGCCUGGGGGCGCUGGCCAUAGCGCUGGCCGAAACCAAGGCCGCGCCCACCCAGCUGCUCUCGUGUAACCUGUUCCACGUGCUGAAGCUGUUCAAGGUCCGCGGCGGCAAACGGAAGGCGCAGGUGGGCGUCGCGGCCGACGCGAAGGCGCUGGAGCAUUUCGACGCGCUGUGGUUGCGCCUGCUGCAGCUGCCGCUGCCGCCGUCGCUGUACCGGCGCGUGCUGGCGCUGCUGCCGGAGCGCGUGCUGCCGCACUUGCGGAACCCGCUGCGGCUCACUGACUUCCUGCUGACCUCGUACCAGGUGGGCGGCGUGGUCAGCAUUCUAGCAUUGCAGGGCGUCUUCUACCUGAUGCAGCACCACAACCUCGAGUACCCUGACUUCUACACCAAGCUGUACUCACUGCUGGAGCCCAACGCGCUCCGCGGCCCGCAGCGGGCGCGCUUCUUCCGUCUGGUGGACCUGUUCCUCGGCUCGGGUUACCUGCCCGAGUACCUGGUGGCCGCCUUCGUGAAGCGGCUGUCGCGGCUGGCGCUGACUGCGCCGACGCCCACGCAGACCAUGCUGAUCCGGCUGAUCUGCAGCCUGAUGGUGCGGCACCGAGGCCUGCAGCGCAUGACGGACGACCCACGCGGCGCCACUCGGCUGCCAGCCGACCCGUACCGGCCCGACGAGCCGGAGCCGGCCCGCUGCGGCGCCGCCGAGUCCGCCCUCUGGGAGGUACGCUCGCUGCGCAGUCAUCUGGUGCCCGCUGUCAGCCGCGCCGCCUCGUUCGCCGAGCGCGAGCUGCCCGAGCUGGAGCACCCGCUGGCCGAGCUGCUGGAGACGACGUACGACGACAUGCUAGAGGCCGAGUUCGGUCGCCAGGUGAAGGAGGUGGCGCUCACCUUCCACCGACCCGAGGGCGUGCUCUCGUGGCGCGAAGACCGGCUAUCCACCGACUGGAAGCUGUAGCCGGCGACCGUGACCGCUGGCGCCCAGCUGCGGCCGGGACUGUCCGGUGGGCCGGUGGGCGAUCAUGUGACGGCCGCGGCCCUGAGAGGUUUUGUAAUAUACGUGGUGCGCCUGCUG